AUUCCCCCUAUUUUUCUAUCAAUAAGUUCCCAGUUGCAAAAGCCUUAAAUACUAGAAACAAGUUAUGUAAUUAUUCCACUUCCAAUAAUUUCUCUAUAAAGAAUGGAUAUGAAAGGUGUAUGCAUUUUAGUUCUUUUGUUUGCAUUUGUAAACACUGUGUUGAGCGAAUGUCACGAACCUCCAAAUGCUGAAGAAAUUAAACAAAAUCUGCAAAACGUGAUUAAAGACACUUAUCUAAAUUACAUGUCAUUCUUUAACAUAAGAAGUAAUUUAGACAAGGUGACAAGGCAGCUGAAUGCGACAUUUGCCGUCACGAAUACAACAGUAUCCAGCAGUUACAAAAAGCAAACAUACAUAAGUAGACUAUAUGGAGAAUCCAAAUGUAAAAAGAGGCGGAGGUUUAGUGCUGUACGAAACCACACAACAAGCGAAAUGUCAUCUUGCCCCUGGUAUUAUAAUCUAGAAUUUGACAGUGACAGAAUUCCAUUGACUGUUCUUAAAGCCAGGUGUUCAUGCGUUAAUUGUCUGGUACCGAUGAGGAAUGGUUAUAAACGAGAUCCAAACUCUGCUGGCGGUUAUUGUCAGGAAGUUAGUUACCACAUGCCUGUGAUACGCAGGGAUUGUGUCGGUGAAGAGUUUCGAUAUCGGAUUGUGAUAGAGAAUAUACCUGUUGGCUGUACCUGUCAAAGGUGCAACCGAAAGAAGAAACAAGGAAAAAGGACUUUAGCUGUGACUUCGUGAUUGGUGUUUUUGGUAUUUGUCAAAACUUAACUUCCUGCAGUGGUUAAGUACCAGUUAAAGUUUUCCAAACACAUGAGUAAUGUAAUUACUAAAGAACUUUAAACUAGUUCGUGUUAGUUAGUAUUGAUUAAAUUUUAUUUGUGUUGUGAAAGAACAGAAUUCUUUUACAACUAAUGAUGAAUAGACAGAGCAACCGAAAGAGGAACGAACGAAAGAGUAUUUGCUGUAUGUACAUUCACUUGUUGUUUUUUGAUGUGUUUUUAAAUAUACUUAUGACUAAAAAUAGAUUCAAAUAAUCCUUGAACGACGGGAAACAUUUUAGGAACAUGAAAGUUCCUGCUUAAAACAUUGGAGGGAAGUCUUUUUGUGAACAUUGUUCAGACACAUUGCGAUGGGUUAGUGCAAGAAGGUCAUAUGUGCCUUCUUUGUUUAUAUGAAAUAACUACCCCUCAAUUUAUUUUACAAAAUUGCCUUUAAACCUAAACAACGUUAUUAUAUGUUGAUAACUUUACUCAUCAUAUAUGACCCUUGCAAUUAAACAUUUUCUUUGAACAAUUACCAAAACAACUCUCUUGUUACAAACACUUGAAUGUCGGCAAACUUGGCGAUUUGUCGAUACACUGAUCAUGAUUACUGUUCAAAAACAUUAAUAGAUCAUUUGAGUAGGUAAUAGUGGCCCCUUCUGAAAUUUAUGUCCUCAGGUUAUGCACACCUGAAUAUGAUUGGAAAUGUCGUUUGUUGAAGUUUCUAGAUAAUUUCUUAUGACAAUAAAUGGUGAGUCCAACAAAAAAUAUCCGAUUACGUUAUAGUGAAAAGGGUAAAGUAACUCAAGAUGUUAUUGUUCUUUCUGCUGUGGCAUCUUCUUCGUUAAUGUAUAAAUUUCAGCUGUUGUUUGCCAAAAUAUCUACACAACAACUGUCCAAUUAUUUCUGCAAGUCGAUGAUAACCAGCAAUAUUCACUUAGUUUAAACGUUUUCUACUUCCGCCUCCCAGGUCCGAAUGAAGCCAUACAUACUUUCGGUGCAUGUCGCCUUGACGUGUUGCUGCACUUUGGCGUAUUUUCUGGUAAACAAGUAGAAUGUCAGUGCAAUUAUUAGCGGUCGAAUUCAAAAUAUAACAGAUGAAUAAAGCAACUGUGCCGGUUGUUCGUAGCCAUGGUAAUUAAAACGUUCUACGCUGUUCAAGUUUUAGCAAAAUAUACACAAAUAUUGCAAAUGUUUACAAUGAAAUGUUUCACAUUGUGCUAUACACAACAAACGGCGUUUGGCAGCAAAAGUUAUUUUUGAACAGCCCUCGUAUAUUGCAUUGUAAAGUCCUUUCAGAUACUAUGAAAUUAACGCCACGUAAACCAAUGUUAUAAAGAUAUAGUAUAGCAAAAGUAUGCUUUAUGUUUAGUUGUGUAUUAGGUUAAACACUUUCUUUGGUAUCAAAUCAAAAUAUUGUUCCGCUUAUCAAGACAACACGCAUGUUUCUUGUGCAUCAAAUAAAGAUCAAACGUUUUAGCCGGUGACCGUUCUCCUGUCAAUAUCUUCUAAACUAUCAUGGAUUCUUAUGAACUCAUCUCAUCAAGAGAACGAGCAAAACUUUCCAGUUGCGCCAACCAAAGGUCGAUGUCACAGCUGUAAGACAGCGUUUCAGUCAAGAACUACGUGUCAUACGUGUCAUAUAAACGCCUAGAGGUAUACCUAAAUUAGGUUAAUUUUCGCUUCACCAAGACAAAGUGAUUAGCGAAAGUCAGGUCAAUGUAUGUAACCACUGAAGAUCAAACAUGCUUCAUUUUUGCUCUACUAACUUGUAUGCCACUGCUUUGAGGUUCGCCAGUUAUAAAACAUCACUUUGGGAUUUAUUAUUAAAAAAAAAAAACGAGGUAUAAUACAUGUUAACAGUGUGAAUUCAUGCUUAAAUCGGACGUAUAGCAUGAGAGCGCGACCACAUGCAUAGGUAUGCGCAUGCGUAAAAUACAUAAUGUAACAGAACUGGACAGCAAAAAUACGGUGGAUCUUACGAAGUCGAGUCAUUAUCUCCUUUGAAUUGUACAAGAUAAAACUGUAGAAUUGCUACGGCCAAGAAUCUUACGAGGGUUCUAAUCACUCUGUCGAUGAAAGAUAGGCUUUAAUAUACCCAGUAGCUGAAGUGUAAUUAAAUAGUGCUGGAUAUGAAUUAAGAUAUUUUCAGAGUUUAUGAUAAAGACAGCCUGCUGGUAAUUCAUUUAUUACGUGCAUUGAAUACUUCAACAUGACUACACGUGCUAGCAAAUCUCAUUCAUUGAGAAAUAUAUAUCCCAUAGGAUGUUACACAUCUCCAACGAAAUUAUUCUAAAAUUAGAAAAAUAUCACAUAACAUGAAUUUUCAUAUAGAUAAUUUCAUUAUAUAUAAAUUGAUGGA